UGACAUCACGAAUGACAUUUGUCAAAAUGUAACCUUUCUAAUAUAUUCUUUCAGCUUAUAUCUGAUGGCAGUUCUUCCUACAAAGAAAUUUUCUACCAAGAUAAUAUAGAUAAACGAAAAAAAAAUGGCUUACUGUGUAUCUAACUCACCGCAAGACAAUACAUUCCAAAUGGAGAAGCAACUCGUAGAAAUGGAAAUGAAUAUCCAGCAUCUGGAACAGAAAAUCAGGACAAUUCAGAAAGAACGAGAGAAUCUAGAAGAAUACAGGAGAAUGAUAUGUUUACCUUCCACUUGUAGCGGCCCCUGUUCUGUAUCUCCAAGUUCAAAACCACCAUGCCUUCCUCAGUCACCAUCAGUUGCUACAGGUAAAGGAGGAGCCUCUGACCAACAGGUUAGAGAGUUGAGAGAACAAUACAACAGACUUCAGGAUGAUUUCAAAUCGAAAUUAGUGGAAGUAGCAAAUUUGAGAGCUGAAAAUGAUAAACUUAAAACAGGCUCCAAGGAAGCUGAAGAGUUCAAACGAAUAGCUGAAGAAAAAAUGAAAGAGUGCGAUAAAUUGAUGAAAAGUCUGAAAUCAGAAAAUAACAAAUUCCUUGGUUCCAAAGAACUUCUAAAAGAACAAGAGCAACAAUUAGCAGUUGCCAAGCAACGGUUUCGAGAAGCUCAAGAUGAACUGGAAGAACUCCGAUCUCUGAUUCAGGAUCAGAAACAGCAGCUUGAAGAUUACAGGAAUAAGUAUCUCGAAGCUCAACAGGAAGUUGAAGAACAAAGAAGGCAGAUCGAUUUAAUGGAAAUAGAAAAUAACAGAGUCAACGAACAGGUUAAUCUAGAGAUUCAAAGAGUGAAAAACCAAUUUCAAGAGAAGCUGCAAGAAUUGAUACCACUCCCCGACAUCCUCAAGCAGACUCAACUGAAGCUGCAAGAUGCCCAACAAAUGCAUCUUCUUGCUGAGAGAAAUAAUGAAGCCUUGACUCGGGAACUGCAGGUUUACCGUGAUAAGGCGACAGCUUUGGCUAAUGAAAUGGAAGCUGUCAGAAGUGAUCAACAGAUGGGAGCAGAUGAAAAAACAAAUUUGAGCAAAAGGAUUGAUGACUUGGAAAAAAGAAGUGGCGAACUACUAGAUGAAAAUAUAAGGCUCCAAACUGAACUCUCUAGAGCUGAAGAGCAAAGUGAUAAAUAUCAGAACAGAGCGGAAGCGCAGCUCCAUGAAAUUGCUCAAUUGAUGGGUCAAGCAGAAAACGUCAGAGAAGAAUCUGCACGACAGGUGGCUAGAAUCAAAGACAGAUGUGAGACGGUUAGAAGAUCAAUGCAAACUCAAAUUUCAGACUUGGAGAGACAAGUUGCUCAAAGUAGAGCUUUAGCUAGAUCUGCUGAGAAAGACAGAGACGAUAUAAGGCAGAAAAUGCAAGCUCAAAUCAAUAACCUGAACGACAAUUUCGAACAGGCCCAGAUACGAAUAAGAAGUCUUCAAGAACAUGUGAAUUAUCUAAAACAUUCAUAUACGGCAGUGUUUCCGGGUGCUUCGGGACCUUUAUCAGAUGAUGGAGCGGUGUGCAAUUGUUAAACGGAACAGUUACUAUGACAAUGUUGCUUCAGCUGUUGUAUUUAACUUAAAAAUAGAUUCUAGACAGCGAAAUUCUUGUUGUGUGAAUAAGUACGUCUUUUGUAGCGUCUGAUGUCAUCAGCAAAAUGUUACUCAAAGAAAAUAAUUCAUAUUUUUACAAUAUACAUCCAAUAUAUGUGGUUACAAUGUC